AUGGCCUUAUGGAUGCUCUGGGCUGGACAGGCUAAAGGGACCCUGGGCGGCUGGGGGAUCACCUGCUUGGUGAUAUCUCUGCUCCUCCAGCACCCAGGAGUCCACAGCAAGUGCUACUUCCAAGCUCAAGCGCCCUGCCACCAUGAAGGGAAAUAUUUCACCCUGGGUGAGUCUUGGCUCCGCAAGGACUGUUUCCACUGCACCUGCCUGCAUCCUGUCGGUGUGGGCUGCUGUGACACGUCCCAGCAUCCUAUCGACUUCCCCGCUGGGUGUGAGGUACGUCAGGAGCCAGGAACGUGCCAGUUCUCCCUGGUGCAAAAAUCUGACCCUCGGCUGCCCUGCAAAGGGGGAGGGCCCGACCCAGAGUGGGGCUCAGCUAACACCCCUAUUCCUGCGGCUCCUGCUCCCCACUCCAGCUGA